CCACAAUUCUCCGCGCAGAUCCGCUUUCCCUUCCUUGAGAGUUAAGAUGGCGGACCGGCGGCGACGGAGACGGCGCGCCUCUCAGGACAGCGAGGAGGAGGACGAGUCCGCCUCGGGCUCCGAGAGCGGGAGAUCCUCCUCGGCCGGCCGGAAGCCUCGCGGAAGAGAUCCCGAGCCGGUCGAAUCACCAGUGGAGCGCGUCGCCACCAAAAGAGACGAUGAGUCGGAGUGUGAAAGUGAAGAUGGUGUUGGUGAAGCAGUGCUAUCAGACUAUGACAGCGCUGAUCUGGAGGAGAAUGGAUCGCACACAGAGGGAGGAGAGGAUGAGGAGGAAGUAGAGCAUUUCAGUGAUGACGAGGCCUCACGUCCUGCAGCAGAACCGAAGCCCGCUGCAGAUGCCCCGACAGAAGAGCUUGGUGAAGUGGAGGAGAGAGAUGAAGAAGUCAAGGAGGUUAAAACAGAUGAGAAGGGGAAUCUAGCCGGGGAGCGACAGAGUGGAGAUGGACAGGAGAGCACAGAGGACCCUGAGAAUAAAUCGGGAAGUAAAGGCCAGAAGCUGGAUGAUGAUGAGGACAGGAAGAAUCCAGCAUACAUCCCCCGAAAAGGCCUUUUCUUUGAGCAUGACGUGAGAGGCCAGGCUACAGAGGAGGAGAGGCCUAAAGGCAGACACAGGAAGUUGUGGAAGGACGAGGGCCGAUGGGAACACGACAAGUUCCGUGAAGAGGAGCAGGCGCCAAAGUCCCGCGAAGAGCUUAUUGCUCUUUACGGUUAUGACAUCCGCAACGGCACAGGGCCGAGUGACGGACGAUCGUACCGCUCCCGAAAACCCAGAUAUGCUGGUUCACCCAGUCGGGAGCCUAGGCGCCACCGUGACGGAGAUAAGCCUGUGCGUACAACAUGGCAGGGGCCUCCACCUGGCCACCGCAAUGCCUCUCAGUCUGUUACCCUACAGUCAGGACCUCCUCCUGCUCCCCCUGCAGUACCCAAACCCUCCGGGCGACCCUUGACUCAACCUCCACAGCGCAGCUUCCAGGGCAGUCGAGCCUCGUCGGCCCCCCACAGGACAGAAGGUCGAGGGCACCUGAAGCCCAGUCUAGAUGGCCCGCCACCUCGAGGUGUGCGGCCACAGCCUGGGGAAGGUGAAAGGGGCCCAAGGCUCAGGGGCCGUGGCUCUCAUGCUGUUCAUGCUGACCGUAGCCCAGCUGUGGUGGUGGAGGACAUCCGCAGCGAGGAAGAAGAGGAAGAGGGUGAGAUUCCAACAGCCACGACUACAUACACUGCUCACCACUACAAGACGGAGAGAGAACGGGUUCCGUCACCACGAAAGCAAGAUCCGGGCCCAGCGAUGGAAGGGGGCAGUGCAGCUGGUCAGAUGAGAGAAUCAUCUCCGCCUCAAGAGAGGACGGUGGAGAAGAAAUCGUACUCGCUUGCGCGGAGGGCGACUCGAACGCGAACGUCUGAUCUCGGUAAGCAGGCGUCGUUAGAUGACUCUUCGCCUGCAGUCCAGCAAACCCCAGCGGCAGCAAAGAGCGAGUCAUGGCAAGAGCAUAGUGAUGCAGGAACACAAGGAGGACUAACAGGGCUCGACCAGGACCUGGCCCGCCUCAGUCUGGCGGGGCAAAACUGGGCCCAGAGCCCACCCUCCUACCUGCAGGCUGAGAUGAGAGGCAUCCGUAGUUCCAUGCACAUAGCAGGAGGCCCUCCACAGUAUGGAAACAUGGAGGAUAUGAGUGUUGGUGGUGGCCGAGCUAAGCGGUAUUCAUCACAGCGCCAGAGGCCAGUUCCUGAGCCUGCGCCCAUGCACAUAGGAGUCAUGGAGGGCCAUUAUUAUGAACCCAUGUCUUUCCAGGGACCAAUCUACACGCAUGGGGAAAGUCCAGCAGCCUUGCCCCCUCAGGGCAUGCUUGUUCAACCUGAGAUGCACCUGCCACACCCCACCCACCCCGGACACCCAGGCUUGCAUCCGCACCAGUCAGGAGGGCCCAUGCCCAAUCCUGCUCUUUACGCCGCUCCACCCGUUUCUUUGUCACCUGGGCAACCGCCUCCACAGCAGCUGCUACCCCCACCCUUCUACCCUCCACCAGGUGUCAUGACCUUUGGGAACACCAACUACCCGUACCCAGCUGGAGCUACGCUACCUCCAAUGUACCCCAACCCCCAGGCACAGUCACAGGUCUACGGUGGUGUGACGUACUACGACACGGUACAGCAGCAAGCUCAACCCAAACGCUCCCCGCCCCGACGUUCCUCUCAUCCCGUUACAGUCAGACCUCCCCCUCCUGAGAAGAAAAACUCAUACAGGUUCGGAACCACUUGAGUGUGAGACCAGAGCAGAAACCCCGCUGAGGAAAUUCGCUCCUAGCUGCCAGAGGGCGAGGAGGCCACGUGUCAGGACCAGCACCGCUUUUGUAUAAAUUGAAUUCACCAUUUAGGUUUUACCUUUUAGUUGUUUUAUUUUAUUUUCGCCUAGCUUAGUUUCACUGUCUUCAUCCAAGGUUCUGUUUGCAGGUUUUCCUUCCUUUGUACUUCCAUUCAUAACCGGAAAGUGUUUUACCGUUGUUCUGCUAUUCGUCUAGGAAUCAAAUAUGCGGUCUUAAACAGUGAGACUUUUUUUUUUUGUUUGUUUGUUUUGUUUUGUUUUUCAUGAACUCCUGUAUCCCUGAUGUCUCUUCUGACUGAAAUUGUACGAGGCGGCUGGACUUUUGAAUUUGAGUGUUUUAGUUGAUUUUCUUCCUUUUAAAUCGCCUUUUUCUCUGUUUUGCAAAUAUUUUUAUUAAAAAGGAGAAAAGCACUACAACAAACUCGAGUAUGUGAAAAGAUGGACCCGCAUUUUUAAAUCUGAACCAGCGGUUAAGAUGUAGUAUGAAAUCAGCCAGCAGACAGCUGUCAUACACCUUCAAAUGCACAAAUGAAAGCCCUUUUCGCAUGUUUGUCACUUUAAGACCGCUGUAUCGCUCUGACUGCUUAACCUGCCGUGAUGGUGCUAGUCCCACUUCACACUGGGACUGAACCGCUCAAACCUCCUCUUUCUGUCUGUCUGGCUGUCCCUUGUAUCUUUAACAUUGUACUGUUGAAUUCAAUACUGUAAUUCUAUUAAAGCGAAACGUUAACCUUGCCAGAUACUGACCUACUUGACAGUGGAACUCGCUUGAUUAGCUUUCUGUUGUAAGUGUACAUAUUAAAGUAUAUUGAAGCCAGUGGUUUAACGAAUAAUACUAAGAACUAGUCAUUUACGAAAUGCUGUCAAUAUGAACAAAGCAAGCAGGGAAACCUAGCCAAGCCUCUUUCACUUUGAAUUUAAUUUUUAAAAUUAGCAGUUAUUCAUUGUUUUUCUUUUUAUAAAUAGUUAUGGUUGCAAUUGUUUUCUUUGAGGCACACUGUACAGGCAUGCAUGGUUUUAUAGAUAUAUUUCUUUGUGAAAGCAAUUCUAGAUGGCAACUUUGGCUGUGAGCUGUUAUUCUUUGCCCCACUGUGGGAGUGCUAUGGAUGCAUCUUUUUAAAUCGUUCCCUUUAUGAUUGUUUCCCCCCCAAAAAAAAAACCUAACAGUAUAACUGAGAUGUCGUCGUUCCCAGCGUUGUUUAGACAUGGCUCAUAAAGACUAUUAGAAGAUGUUGUAUUCCGUUCUAUGCCUUAAAGAGUUCAUUGGUUUGACAUAUCUGUUUUUGUUUGAUUAGACCUGACAACACUGUGAGGGCUUGUAUGUUUCAUAGAUGUUUGAAUAAUAAUAAGUGUUUCAUUUUUGCGAUUUUUGUUUUGUGGAGCAAUGUCAGGAGAUAAAAUUAAACAAGAACUGAAUAUAA